AUGAGUGUUCUACCAUCGACUGUAGAACACGAAGUGCAUAUCGAUGAAGUGUCGACAGAUCAUCUGAGAACGGGUUAUGCACAAAGUAAAUGGGUAGCGGAGAAGCUUAUCGCUGAAGCUGUUCGUCUCGGUUUGUCAGUGACAAUCUAUCGACUUGGAUCCAUCUGGGCAGAUUCAGAAACUGGUGCUUGUAAUCAGCACGACAUCUUUACACUAUUUAUAAGAGCAAUGAUGAAAACUGGUUGCUUUCCGACGACAGCUACCAACACAAGAUUGAAUGGACUACCAGCUAAUUUAGCAGUUCAAGGUAUUGUCUCAUUGAGUCGUCAGUGGUCGAAUAUCAACGGGAAAGUGCAUCACAUUGUUCCAUUCGGCGAAGGAAUACCAUUUGAGAAUCUGAUUGUGUGUAUGCGGCAAUGUGGUAGGACUCUGAAUGAUGUUUCAUACGAAGAAUGGAAAAGAAGAGUGGCGGAACAGUCGGAAUCUGUCGUAGAAUUUUUCUCUGAGAAUCCUUUCGAGAGAACCGUACCUAUAAGAGAUUCAUCUACAAGCACUAUCGGGUGUGAAGUGCUUGAUGAUAUUUAUGUUAUGAAAUGGUUGAAAUUUAUAUUGAAUCACAUUAUUCGUGAUCCAGCUGUUUAA